GUAGAAACGUGAGUGUUUCACAUGAAGGUGAAAAUCCUCAACGCCGGAGGUCCCGGGGCUUCGGCCCGGACCUUGAGGUCUCGUGGUGGUAAGAGAAUCCGUAUGGAUGAACCCCCACCACCCGAAUAUGAUGCCAGUCCUCCACCAAUGACCCCUAUGACACCAUAUGAUUCCGGAACUGGUGAGGUUGAUACUGCGUACACUCCCUACUAUCAGCAUGCUCCUGCGACGCCGAUGGAAACGGAAUCUUAUUUGGAAUCAGAUGCCGGCAAUUAUGAUGAUGACGCAGAAGGAGAAAGCCCGAGGGCCAUGGAAGCCCCGGCGCCCGUUCGAAGAGGGCGCGGGCGUGGCAGAGGAAGAGGCCGAGGUGCUGCAAGAGGCUCAGCCGCUACUCAGCGAGGAAGACGUGUGCGGGGCGGAAGGCGUUCCAUUGGCGAACGGAUUGAAGAAGAAUCUCUGUACAACCUCGUUAAAGCUGGGAAGUCGGCGCUUCAAGUGAUUGUCGAUGACUGGAUUGAGUUCUAUAAAAUGAACAGGGACACUGCCUUGCUUCAGUUGCUUCAAUUCUUCAUAUCCGCUUCGGGUUGCAAGGGAAAGAUCACCCCUCAAAUGCAAACAUCCAUGGAGCACGCCGCGAUCAUUCGUCGUAUGACGGAAGAAUUCGACGAAGAGAGUGGGGAAUAUCCGCUCAUCCAAAGUGGUCUAGUGUGGAAGAAGUUUCGGAGCAGUUUUUGUGACUUCGUCGGAAUGCUCGUGAAACAGUGCCAGUAUUCCAUUAUUUAUGAUCAGUAUCUGAUGGACAACCUCAUUGCACUUCUUACGGGACUCUCAGAUUCUCAAGUUCGUGCAUUUCGUCACACGGCCACAUUGGCAGCCGUGAAAUUGAUGACUGCCUUAGUCGAUGUGGCGUUGACGGUCUCAGUGAACUUGGAUAACACACAGCGGCAAUAUAAUGCAGAGAGAAAUAAAAUAGGAGACAAGAGGGUCAGCGAUCGUCUGGAAAACUUGCUUUCUAAGCGUACCGAGUUGGAAGAAAAUAUGGAAGAAAUCAGAAAUAUGUUGACGUACAUGUUCAAGUCGGUGUUCGUUCAUCGAUAUCGGGACACUUUACCGGAAAUCCGGUCAAUGUGUAUGAGUGAAAUCGGGAUUUGGAUGAAAAAAUUCCACCAGAACUUCCUGGAUGAUUCCUACCUCAAAUACAUUGGAUGGACGCUUCACGACAAAGUUGGAGAGGUGCGUCUUCGUUGCUUGCAAGCAUUACAACCACUUUACGCCUCAGAAGAGCUGAAAGGAAAGCUGGAAUUGUUCACGUCGAAGUUCAAGGACCGAAUCGUGGCGAUGACCCUUGAUAAGGACUAUGACGUCGCUGUACAAGCUGUCAAGCUUGUUGUGUCUAUUCUCAAGCAUCACCGGGAUAUUCUAACGGACAAAGAUUGUGAACACGUUUACGAGUUGGUUUAUUCAUCUCAUCGCGCUGUCGCAUGUGCAGCGGGAGAAUUCUUGAAUGAAAGACUCUUCGUUCUCGAUGAAGAAUCAUCUGUGCCAAUGAAAACCAAGCGAGGGAAGAAACGGACUCCGAACACCCCACUGAUUCGGGAUCUGGUACAAUUUUUCAUCGAGUCUGAGCUGCAUGAACACGGUGCGUACUUGGUGGACUCCCUCAUCGACAGCAACGAAAUGAUGAAAGACUGGGAAUCCAUGACUGAUCUUCUGCUUGAAGAACCAGGCCCCGGAGAAGAACCACUUGACGAUCGACAGGAAUCGAGUUUGAUUGAAAUCAUGAUGUGCGCCGUGAAACAAGCAGCUCUAGGAGAACCUCCCAUUGGACGGGGACCGAACCGCAAAAAUGCGAGUGCGAAAGAGGUUAAGCAGAUUUCUGAUGACAAAGCAAAGCUCACGGAACAUUUCAUGCUAACGCUGCCGAGUCUUCUGGGCAAAUUUCUUGCCGAUCCAGAAAAAAUCGGCAGUCUGAUGGUUAUUCCGCAGUUUUUUGAUUUGGAGUUGUAUACGAACCGUCGACAAGAAAAGAAUUUGGAAGCUUUGCUGCAUCAAAUGAUCACAAUUGUUGACAAGCACACUGAUUUGGAGGUUUUGGACACGUGUGCGAAAACAUUGGAAGUGUUGUGCGAUGAGGAAUACGCUAUUUCCAGCAAAGCUAUGAUUUCCAGAGGGGUUUUGUUGGACAAUGUUGUAACAAAAUUCAAGGAGGCGUUGGACGAGUUUAAUUCUUUCGUUGCCGGAGGCGAAGAGCCGGAUGAAGACGAAAUCUUUGCAUUGGUCUCAUCGUCGAAAAAAGUUUCUGUGUUCUAUUCUUGUCAUAACCUGGGCCACCUUCAAGUCUGGGAUUUAUUGUUUCAGCAGAUGAAAGAUGCCAAAGAUGGUUGCAGCGCGUUGCCAACAGAGGCGAGUUUGAAGCUUAUUUUCCAUGCCGUGAAGUAUUGUAUAUCCAGCUGCCAGUUCGCACACAUGUGGGACCUGAUCUCAAUAGAAAACAUGCUCCAGGGUUCUGGACUGAAUGCCCACGUUCAAACGGAAAUCGAAGGCCUGAAAGCUCGAUUACGUGCAUAUAUUGAAACAGCUCUUGCGUUGAUUCAAUCUGCCUCGCACCCAGAAUACAAAGCAGAAGCAUUUCUGUGCGUCUGUGAUCUACUUAUCAUUUUUGGUGAUCAACUUGGGAGGAAUACUCAGGAAUUAUGCGCGCUUGUGUACAAUCCUGACAAGCACCUCCAGACCCUUUUGAAUGAUUUCAUCCAGUCGUAUGUGUUUGUGGAGUAUCAAGAAACUGAGGAACAGGAUGAACAUUUGAAGAUUGAAGAGUUGCACAAGAGACGAAACUACUUAGCUUCAUUUUGUAAGCUUAUUGUUUACUCGAUUCUUCCUACUCGUGCUGCUGCCGAUGUCUUCAAGCAUUACGUCAGGUUUUACAAUGAUUACGGGGACAUCAUCAAAGCGACGAUCGGAAAAGCAAGGGAAACAAACAAGGUUAACUGUGCUCGAACUAUGGCUCUUGCGUUAAUCAUGGCAUUCAAGGAAUUGCAGCAGGAAGGGAUCAACAAUCGAUUUUCAGACGAAUUCAUCGCCCUGAAGGAAUUGUCGAAACGGUUUGCAUUGAGCUUCGGUUUGGAUGCCGUGAAGAACAGAGAAGCUAUCACUGCGGCCCAUAGAGAAGGGAUCCUUUUUGCAGUCAACCCGGGUGACGGCGGAAUUUCUGACCCCACCCAGCCGCCUCCGAAUAUCGCAUUCCUUGACGUGCUGACUGAGUUCACGAACAAGUUAUUGAAGCAAGAUAAGCGCGUUGUACUGGCGUACCUGGAUAAGAGAAUCAGUUCUGCCGUACCAUCGAGUCGUGGCGAAGAGUGGCAACCUCUGCACGCCUACAGGAAUUCAUUGGUGCACGGAGAAGCAGAUGCACCAACAACUACAACCAGAAGAGCAUACACCCGCAAAAGAAAAGCGAAUAAGGAUGACGAAGACGAUGAAGACGACGACGAUGACGAUUCCCUCAUAAGUUGAGGCGAAAGUAACAUGGCAACAGCAGAUUUUUUCACGAAAUUUGUAUUUGAAUGGUCAAGUUGCGUUUAACUUCUAGAAAAGGUUUUUUUUUUUUUCUAAGCGAAAGUACAGGUAUUGAUUGUAUUGCUUGUGGAAGAUUUCCACCAUUUCUUGGAUUGUGAAAUUUCCUGUCUGACGAGGGUAUGUGCUUGUAAUAUUUGUACUUCAGUGGAAUAAAUAGCCGUCGAUUACCCCAAGUCAAAA